GCUCGGCUUCCUCUUACUCGCCAGAGACGGCUAAAGCCCGAACAACUUGGCUGCUGCUGCUGCUGAAGCUGCUCAGUGCACGGCCAAGUCACCGGAAAGGCUACCUGGAUUUUUUUUUUUUUUACCGACCACAGGCGGCAGGGCGGCGAUGCGGAAUUAGGUGGCCGCUUGUUUUUUUUUCUCUUCCAGGCGGAGAACAGGGGGGGAUUGCAAUUCAAACUGACACGACAUUUUUGUUUUUUUGUUUUUUUUUUUAAUAAGAAAAAAAAAUAACAUUUUCCCCUUAAAUAUUGCAUUAAUAUUAUUAUUGCAUUAUUUUUUCCCAAAUCUCACCCGGAGCGCGUGCUCCGGUCCCGGAUCUGAAGAGUUGUUAUUGUUGAUUUUUUUUUUUUUUUUCCACUGAUUUUUUUUUAAGUGCGUGCUAUUCCGGCGGGAUCACGGGGAUCACAUUUAUCCUCAUUGAGAAAGAAUUUGAAAUAUAUAUAUAUAUAUAUAUUUAUAUAUAUAUAAAUAAAAAAAAAAAUAUGGACGUGCUGGCGAAUUACAGUAUCUUUCAGGAACUUCAGCUUGUCCACGACACGGGCUACUUCUCUGCGAUGCCGUCUCUGGAGGAAAACUGGCAGCAGACAUGUCUGGAGCUGGAGCGGUACUUACAGACAGAGCCCAAGCGACUCUCUGACCUCUUCGACGAGGAUCUGGACUGCCUCUUGACGCCAGGUUUUAUGAAGGGGGACAGCGACGAGGACCUGAUGGAUCCACUGCUUCCGAGUCUAUCGGACCAACCCAGUCCGCCUCCGCUGCUCGUUUCUCUGCCCAAAAACCUUCACACUCCAGCCAGUGCUAAGACCAGUGAAGCAGGGGUGAAAGAGGGUAACGGGGGUGUCCACCCAGCACAACUGAGUGCCGUCACCUCACUAACGCCACCUUCGUCACCAGAACUGGGCCGGCAUCUGGUCAAGCCAACGCAGACCCUCACCGCAACGGCCGACGGCACACUCACGCUCAAGUUGGUGGCAAAAAAAGUGGGCCUGGCCACCGCCAAAUUGGUGGCAACACAGUCAUUGCCUUCACCACCGGCCCGGGGAGCGCAGAGCGACGGAGAAGGAGGUUUGGGGUCGGCAGGAAUCGGCGACAUCCCAGAGAACAAGAAGAGGGUCCAUCGCUGCCAGUUCAAUGGCUGCAGGAAGGUUUACACAAAGAGUUCCCACUUGAAGGCACACCAGAGGACACACACAGGUGAGAAGCCGUACAAAUGCUCCUGGGAAGGCUGUGAGUGGCGCUUUGCCCGCAGCGAUGAGCUGACUAGGCACUACCGCAAGCACACCGGCGCCAAGCCCUUCAAGUGUAACCACUGCGACAGGUGUUUCUCCAGGUCUGACCAUUUGGCUCUGCACAUGAAGAGGCACAUCUGAGGACCAGAAGGGAAAUGAUAGUAAAGGAGCAGGAGAAAGAGAGAGAAGGGAGGGGAGAGUAAAAGAAGGUCUAAGGAGAAGUGGUGUUGUGCCCCGUCCAGAGAUGAAGACUCCUGUGGAGACCUAAAAAAAAAAAAAAAAAACGAGCCUAAAGGAAAUGGAGGCUAUGACUAAGAAUACAUGAGGCAACGAGAGCAAA